AUGGACCUUCGGGAGGGCAUGAGGACCCUUCAGGAAGAGGUUGUCCCAAAAAUAGUCAUCCUGAAGAGGAAUUUCGCUCCUUUGGAAGGGGUAAAUCUGCAAAAAGAGGUCCCUCUGCAGGAAAAGAUUACCCCAUUGGCCGAGGUAGGCCUCCAAAGAAAAGCCGCUCAGAAAGGGACGGUUGCUCAGCAGAAAGGGAUAAAAACGGGAGUUGAGUUGAAAGUGCCUGAUGUACUGAAGUCUCUUCUUUUUGAGGACUGGGACUUGGUCAACAAGCAAAAGCAGUUAUUCCAACUUCCUGCUGAGAAGAAUGUAGAUAACAUUCUUGCGGAAUAUGGGACUUUUGUGAAGUCACAGGGGCUUGCUGGUAAUAGAGAAUACUCUGUUGAUGAAGUUGUAUUUGGAUUAAGAGAGUAUUUCAACAAGAUACUGAACACUAAGCUGCUCUGCCAGUUUGAAAGGCCCCAGCAUGCUGAAAUUCGCCUGGCUUAUCCUGAUCUUCCAAUGUCUCAGGUUUAUGGGGCUCCACACCUCCUUCGAUUGUUGGUGAAAAUUGGGAGUGCAUUGGCCCAUUCACAGCUUCAUAGGCAGAGUCUUCUCUUAGUGUCUGGCUGCAUGCGUGACUUUCUUGACUACCUUGCCGAGAAUUCCACUUCUCUCUUUAAUGUCAACAAUUAUAAAGUAGCUUCUGCCGCAUAUUGUUGCAAAGCCCUGUGAGGGUCAGCUGACCACUCCUUUAGUACUGGAUCAGUAAAUAUUUCUGUUUGCUGUUUGCAUUGUGUUCUUGAGAAUUGUAUAACAGAGCUUAAUGUUUCCAUUUUGAUUAUUAUUGUGAGCAGAAAAAAAAUAUUAAGUGCUUUUGUACCACCAUGUACCAUCAAUCAAC